CAAUAGGCUGUCUAGCAAGGUACCCGAGUGCAUAGGGAGUAUUUCUUCAUUGAGAUGGCUCUAUUUAAACUCUAACAAUCUAACAUCUAGCGUGCCAACAAGCUUGUGGAGCCUUACUGAUCUGUUGGAGCUUGACUUGUCCAUCAAUUUUCUCAAUGGUUCUUUGCCCUCCCAAAUUGGAGACAUGAAGGCACUAAUCAAACUGAAUCUAUCAGUGAAUCAGUUUUCUGGUGAUAUCCCUGGCACUAUUUGGGCACUACAGGAUUUACAAGAACUCUCCUUAGAGCAUAAUAAUCUACAAGGGUUAAUUCCAGACUCCAUCAAGACAAUGUUGGCUUUGCAGCACUUGGAUCUAUCAUUCAACAGUUUAGCUGGUAUGAUACCUAACUCACUGGAGGUACUCUUGGAUCUUCAGUAUUUGAAUGUUUCCUACAACAAACUACAAGGACCGAUUCCUCAAGGAGGACCUUUUAAGAACUUCACAAUCCUAUCUUUUCUUGCUAAUGAAGCAUUAUGUGGUGCUCCUUGGUUCCAACCUUGUCAAACAUUUCAUCAUAGAUCAAAGAAAAAGAUACUCUUGCUUGUGUUGCUGCCAAUAGGUUCUUCAUUCCUAGCCUUGGCCAUUUCACUUUUGUUGAUGAAAAGGUUUACAAGAAAGAAGACUACGACUUUAGCCCAUGAUUUGUUUCCAGAAACAGCACAUCAAAGGGUAUCCUACCAUGAACUUCAACGAAUAACAAAUGGUUUCAGUGAAAGUAACUUGCUUGGAUCUGGGACGUUUGGUUCAGUUUACAAAGGGGUAUCUGCAAAUGGGAUAAUUUGGGCUAUAAAGGUUUUUGAUAUGCAACUUGAUGGCACAUCGAAAACUUUUGACUUAGAAUGCGAAGUCUUUCGCCGCCUUCGUCAUAGAAAUUUGAUCAAAGUAAUCAGUGCUUGCUCUAAUCCGGACUUCAAAGCUUUGGUACUAGAAUUCAUGCCUAAUGGAAGUCUGGAGAAAUGGCUCCAUCUUGGCCACCACGUCCUGAGUAUCAUACAAAGAUUGGACAUCAUGAUUGAUGUGGCUCGUGGGUUGGAAUAUCUUCAUUAUGGGUAUUCAUUUCCCAUAAUUCAUUGUGAUUUGAAACCUAGUAACAUUUUACUAGAUGAAGAUAUGGUCGGUCAUCUUAGUGACUUUGGGAUUACUAAAUUGCUGGGAGAUGGAGAAAGCCGUGUACAGACAAAAACCUUGGCAACAAUUGGAUACAUCGCCCCAGAGCAUGGAUUAGAAGGACUAGUGUCAACAAGGUGUGAUGUAUACAGUUUUGGCAUUACCAUGAUUGAAGCAUUCACUGGAAAACGACCUAAGGAUGAGAUGUUUAAGGAAGAGAUAAGCAUUAGGCAUUGGAUCCAAGAAUUACUACCAGGUUCUGUAGAUCAAGUUAUUGAUGUGAAAUUACUUCAUCCAGAGGACGAACAAGUCGCGAAAAACAUAGCUUGUGUAUCAUCUAUCUUGCAACUUGCACUAAGUUGCACUUUAGAUGUCCCAGAGAACAGGAUCAACAUAAAAGAUGCCCUCACAACACUUGAGAAGAUCAAAACUCAGUUUUUUCAAAGAAAUUAGAAGGGCUGAAGUAUUCAAGAAGUAGGAAAUGAUAUACAAUGAUUUUUUUUUUAAGAAUAAGUGGGAGGAUUCAAA